UUCUACAAUUAGAAUACCAAGCAGUUCAAAAAGUAAUGUUCGACGCGUUGUUCCGACGCAAUGAUCGUCGAUUCCGUGAGCUUGCCUCGGUGGCCGAGUAUGAAUCACGUGCAGCCGAGUUACUCGACCGGAACGCUCUUGAUUUCUUCCGUAGUGGUGCCGGUGCCGAGCUGACGUCGCGCUUGAACGCGGCUCGCUACGAGAAGAUUCGGAUUAGACCGCGCUGCUUGGCGCGUGUCGGUAACCGAAGUCUGGCGGUAGAACUGUUGGGUUUGUGCUACAGAAUGCCGGUUGGGAUUGGCCCGGUGGCCUUACAAAAAUUAGUGCACAACGAUUGCGAGAAGGCUAUGGCCAAGGCGGCAAGAACUAUGGGAGUACCGUUUGUGUUGAGCGCUUUGUCCAGUGUGUCGCUCGAGGAAAUCGCAGAUGUGAUACCGAACCACCCGAAGUGGUUUCAGUUGUUCAUCUUUAAGGAUCGAGAACUGUUGGAAAAUAUGGUACGACGCGCGGAGCGCGCUCGUUAUCGUGCCCUUGUAGUGACGGUUGAUACCCCUGUGUUGGGGCUGAGAAGAACGGAAAUGAGAAGUCCAACAGUUUUACCGUCUAAGGUUACGUAUGCUAAUUUUUGCCCACCGUAUAACAAUGUUUGUACUAAGAAUAUCUCGGAAUAUGUGAAAAAUCAGUUCGAUGCCACCGUUGGAUGGGACUCCCUUCGAUGGUUGUUGGGUAUAACCUGCCUUCCAGUGGUUGUGAAAGGUAUAUUGACAAAGGAGGACGCUUGUAUGGUGGCUGAUAUGGGAGCGCAUGGAAUUUUAGUUUCGAAUUAUGGUGGACGGCAGCUAGAUUCUGCUCCAGCUACUAUCGAGGUUCUAUCAGAAAUCGUAGAAGCAGUUGGAAAUCGGCUACCUGUAAUGAUUGACGGAGGUAUAACUGAAGGCACAGACGUGUUCAAGGCUCUAGCGCUUGGUGCGAAAGUUGUUUUUAUAGGCCGUGCAGCUAUUUGGGGUCUGGCUGUUAAUGGUCAGAGAGGUGUUGAGGAUGUGUUGGAUUUAUUAAAAUUGGAACUGGAUUCAGUGAUGGCGAUGGCUGGCUGUCAAACUCUCGAGCAGAUUUGUGAAAACCAUGUACGCUUCGAGUCAGAAUACCUAAGGCCUCGAAAGGGUCUUCCAAUUAGACCAGCCGAUGAUCGAGUUGACAUUCAAGGUGGCGUGAGGACAGUGGUCGGAAAACUUACGCGGGAACUGGAGGAAAAUUUGGUACCUACUGGUGAAGAUGGUCUGGCGAAACCUCCCAGAGUUGAUGGGGUAGACGAUUGCGGUAUAGAAACCAAUGAAUGGUGUAAGACAGUGAAUGGUAACGUUGAAGUUUUACGGAUUCCUCAGCGAGCUACGAGAGAGGUGCGGGUAGUACCGGAGUUGGCGAAGGUUUUCCAGCGCAACGUGAGAGCCGAUUUAAUAGCACGCCAAGGCAGAGUUAGGCAGAGUAGGAAUCGAGCAUCUUCAAUGCAAAAUUUGAUCAGUAUUAGGAAAUCCAAUGAAGAUUGUCGUCGCAUAUUGUGAGAUUAUA